UCUCAGGAGUUCAGUCAUCGUUUUUGAAUCUCAGCCGAACGGUUUCACACUUGUCUCCCGCUGUCAGUCUGAACUUCACUCUCUGGCUAGUAGUAGCGACAGAAGACAGCAAGAUGAAGUCUUUUCUAGCAAUCACCAUUAUCAUGGGUUGCAUGGCGUUCCUUGAGGCUGGAGUUUUGAAACAAAGCUCUGGUGAAAAACAAGCCGCAUUGGGGGACCCGUUCUUCGAUGCAGGCGGCACCUCCAAUAACGGAGACGGUAUGGGAAGUCCAGUCAUCGGUGCGGGAGGCAACGCUGCAGCAGCAGCCGGCGGCGGUAACGCUAACGACGGUGGUGGCGACACACCGGACGGUGCUGACCCCGGUACAUACGGAGGCUACGGAGGGUAUAAUGGUUAUGCCGGACGUUCAGGCACUAGCCAUGGUUAUGGAGGAGGCCGUGAUGGCUACAGAGGUACCGGCCGCUUCGAUGGUUACGGUACCAACCCAGGCGGUGGCGGGUACGGCACUGGCGGGUAUGGUAGGAGGUACGGUACUGGCGGCUACGGGGCAGGCGGUGAUGGAUCCUACAGGCCCAGAGUCGAGCAGAGACCAGCUAGACCAUACGGAGCAGGAGACUCCGUGAACAGCCCCAACACACGAGAGGAGAAGGCAAAGAACCCCGGACAGAUCGUCGGCAGUGCCGGGUCCACAGGCACUACGGUCGGUAUCGUGAUCGGUGUCGUAGCCCUCGUAGGUGUUGCUGCUGGUGUAGCAAUCUUCGUCAUCAAGAGGAGGAAUUGAAUUGUUGAUGGUUUAGGAGCAUCGAGAACUUGCAGACGCUCCCGGGAGAAUAGUCGUCGAAGAGUCACGUUCUUUCCUCAGAUAACCGAAUGGAGACCAAUUCUAUUGUAAUCAGUAUUUUUUGUAAUAAUUGAACAUUUCACAGAUUUGUAUGUUAUGCAAAUUAUGAUUUGCCUGAAUUUGUUUAUGUAUGAAUUUGAUCCGACAUCGUCUUGUUGUCCUGUUACAUUUCAGUACACAGCAAUUUCUUAUCCCAUUUUUUUUUUUCUAGAAGUAUAGCUGCAGUUAAACGUACACUAAAGUUGAGGUACGUUCAAACAUGUCGCUUAAAUUUGUUUGUCAUUUCAAAAUAAACAUCGAAUGCUCAAGUUCCUUUCUUUCCGCUUAGCUUUUAUUUCUUAGUUUUAGAAAUAAAUUUGUUUAUAACACUCAUAUCCUACAAAUCCUUACAUUGGACACUCAGCAGAAUAUCAAUAACAAUACGAUAUAGUUAUAUAUUACGUCUGCAGGCCAAGACGUUUCGAUUGUACAUAAUCCAGUCCUAGGAAUAGGUAUUCGUGUAGAUGAUAAACAAAACCCUCUUCAACUCGCUUUUAAAAACUCCCGAAUAUUACACUUUGUGCAACAGCACAUCAUUGGUGUUUGUCUAAGCUUCAAGCAGCGUUUCUCAUAGUAUCAUAUUGACGAGUUUCAAUUCAAUUCGUGUUUCAUGUGAGGACUCUGCAUUUGCUAAGCGGGUACAUCAUAAUGGAGAGAUUUGUGUCGCUAGGUGGCAGCAGACUCACCCGGUAAGAUUAUUGUCCUCGUUAAUGUGCGCAUGUUCAGAACAACAACAAAAUUGAAAUUUACCUGAUGAGUCUGCUGCCACCUAGCGUUCAAAAGUCUCUCAUUUUAAAAAUUUCUCGUGGUAGAACUGUUGGGUCUGGAACCAGUGACUUUUUUCGUAGCCUUUGUGUCCUGAAACGGAGAUUAUUCUUGACUCAACUUAUUGAAUAGUCAGAAUCUACCCGUGAAAGAAAAACAGGUGACCACUGUAGCCAUUUUGUGGUCAGGGUGACUCAUUUCCUGGGUCCAAAUGACAUGGGGCCUUUUCCAAACGUCGGUCUGGGCUCCAGUUCCGGGUCUGGCUCCGUCAUCAUCUCUGGAACAGUGUACAUUAUUUUGUUACGGUGUGUCCUACGAUCAAAUGGAGCCAGGAGCCGGAACCAAAGCCCAGGCCGAAUUUGGAAACUCCCCAAGGCAUCCGGAUCAGUGGUCUUUGACUCAAUUUUCCAUGUCAUGAUGACCCGUACAGCCCGCCAAGCUGGCCCGAUCGAGGCCUGGCCCCGGUGACAAUUUUCCCUUAAUAAUUCUGACAAAAUGAGCCAUCUUUUCCGUUUUCGCAAGACUCCGUGCACAUUGCGAAUAUUGUUGGCAUAAGUUCAUAGGCUAGUUGGUAAUAAUUUACUGAUGCACAUCUCAAUGAUAUGACGCCCAAACAAACUAUGCAGUGAGAGUGUGGCCCUUUUCGAAUCCACGGCUUCGGCUUUGGAUUCGGCUUCAGGCUCCGUUCUCUCGUCUAAAAAAAAAAACGAGCGCCACCGCCAAGCACGCGCAAUUAAUGUCAAAACAAUCGUGGUUUCGAAAAGGGCCUAUGUUCCAUUUAAGUUGCACUAACUGAAAAUUCAAUAGUAACCGCGAGUCAUAAUUAAUGGAUUUCUUCAGCGCCUUGAGUGUUGACACUUCCUGUCUUAAAUCUGUUUUCAUUUAUAAAAAUGUAGAUCUGUAAUAUAAUAGUUUUAAAUACAUGCUAAUAAAAAGUAAAUGAAAUAUUUUAUUGGA